AUGGACACACGGAGGCGACCAGAGUACAACCUCGAGAUAUUUGCGGAUGCGGCGUGCGUCAAGGAUGUUGUCAAGGCGAUACUGCACACGAUAUUCUUCCACCGAUACUUUACCUCCAUCUCGCCCUUGACCCGCGACCUCCUCGACCUUACCCUUCCCGCCAUCGACGAUGUCGAUCUUGAGACACUCAUCGAACAGAAGACGUUUGCGCUAGUACGGGCGAUAGACAGCACACACCAGCCGCGAGGAAGAGGGCAGAUUGUCGUGCAGUUCUUUGAGAAGAAGCGGAAGAAGACGUCGUAUUUCUUCAGCAAGGCAGACGAGGACGUUUGCUGGGAGCAGUGGACGCUGGACGUUACCCUCGCCCAACCACGGACCGAGACUGAUGUGCUAAAAGUCCGCCGUGCCAUGACAAAGUCUCUAGAGAAAGCAGCGCAUAAGAUCAUCGCCAUCGUAAACCGAGAGAAGGACCACAUUCCACCCAUCACCACCACCGAUGCCAACCCCUUUCCUUACCAGAUCGUCGUCAACCCAAAAUCUGUCAACGAGAACGACUGGAGACCGCGCAUCGGCCUUUUCUGA